CAAGGUCUCAGAGCAAGUGACGUCACCGAUUGAAACGCUAUUUAGCGCGCACCACCGCCAUUUCACAUCCGUUACAUAAGAAAACAAAUAUCUGGUUAUUUUGUUAUGACAUAUUGUUUGGCAGAAUAAACACGGUGUAGUGAAUAUUUUGCAAAAUUGCGUUACCCACUCCAGUCAGCAGGUGGCGAUGUGAGUCUUUCAAGUUUGUUUUAUUGCGUGACGUAUAAUCUAGUGGACGGAGCGGGAAGCUUUUUCAACAGCAAGACGGACUCGUCAACAGUUAGCUUGCUAGCAAACAUACAAACCAAAGCUCUUUUCACUAUUUUGUGUAUAUUAGGGUUUUAAGCACACAGUCUGGCUGCUUACUAGUUAUUAAAUGUCAAAAAUAUGUUGUUAGUCAGCUAAGUUGCCUACCACUACGCUAGUCGCGAAUGCUAAUUAACUAGCUAGCCAACUAACAUCCACCACCAUGAGCUCAAUAAGCUACUGGACCCCUAUUAAAGAAGAGGUCUGCUGGUCGGAAAAAGAAGCUCUGGGGCUGAACAUUAUCAUGAAAGAGGAAGAGGAGGAUGAUAUCACCGUGAAAGGCGAGGAUCCGGAGAUGACUGUCACAGGGAAAGGGGAGGAAGAAGCUGUGUUAGUGAAGGAGGGAGAGGAGGGGGAGAUGACUGUCACAUGGAAAGGGGAGGAAGAAGCUGUGUUAGUGAAGGAGGAGGGGGAGAUGACUGUCACAUGGAAAGGGGAGGAAGAAGCUGUGUUGGUGAAGGAGGAAGAGGACGUUUUUAGAGUGAAAGAGGAGGAAGAAAAGGAAGAUAUGACUGUCACGGUGAAAGAGGAGGAGGAGGGUGAAGAGGAGGAGACUGGAGAUCUGAUUAACACCAGAGAGAGACACGACUAUCCUGGAUCCUCUGGGGAGCCUCAACAACAGAGAGGAGGAGAAGAGAAGAAAGGAUCAGAUUUGACUCAUCAAAGAGAGAGGCCAGACUCUCGCUCUGACACUAGGAAGAGUCCUACAGGGGAAUCGGCCCCAGUGACAUCCAAACCAGCAAGACCCCACCACUGUUCCCAGUGUGGAAAGCGAUUUAUCCGGUUAGGGCACCUGAAACAACAUAAGAGAACACAUACAGGGGAGAAGCCAUUCCAAUGCUCCCAGUGUGGAAAGGGUUUUGGACAGUCAAGUGAUCUAAAAGUGCAUGAAAGAAUACACACUGGAGAGAAGCCGUAUCAAUGCUCACAGUGUGAAAAUACAUUUUUCUCAUCAGGGGACCUGAAAUCACAUGAGAAAACACACUUAGUAGAGAGGCCUUUCCAGUGCUCCCAGUGUGGAAAGGGAUUUAUCCAGUCAUCGCAUCUGAAAGAGCAUGAAAGAAUACACACAGGAGAGAAGCCAUUCCAAUGCUCCCAGUGUGGAAAGAGUUUUACCCAGAGAGGGAAGCUGACAAAUCAUGAAAGAAGACAUACAGGUGAGAAGCCUCAUCACUGCUCUCAGUGUGGAAAGGGUUUUGGACAGUCAGGGCAUUUAAAAGUGCAUGAAAGAACACACACUGGAGAGAAGCCAUAUCAAUGCUCCCAGUGUGAAAAGAAGUUUUUGUCAUCAGGGUACCUGAAAUCACAUGAGAAAACACACUUAGUAGAGAGGCCUUUCCAAUGCUCCCAGUGUGGAAAGGGAUUUAUCCAGUCAUCGCAUCUGAAAGACCAUGAAAGAAUACACACAGGAGAGAAGCCAUUCCAAUGCUCCCAGUGUGGCAAGAGUUUUACCCAGAGAGGGAAGCUGAAAGAUCAUGAAAGAACACAUACAGGGGAGAAGCCUCAUCACUGCUCUCAGUGUGGAAAGGGUUUUGGACAGUCAGGGCAUUUAAAAGUGCAUGAAAGAACACACACUGGAGAGAAGCCAUAUCAAUGCUCCCAGUGUGAAAAGAAAUUUUUCUCAUCAGGGGACCUGAAAUCACAUGAGAGAACACACUUAGUAGAGAGGCCUUUCCAAUGCUCUCAGUGUGGAAAGGGAUAUAUUCACUCAUGGCAUCUGAAAGAGCAUAUGAGAAUACACAUGAGAACAACCAUUCCAGUGCUCUCAGUGUGGAAAGGGGUUUAACUGGGUAGUGAGCCUGAAAACACAUAAAAUGACACACACAGGAGAGAAGCCUUUCCACUGCUCCCAGUGUGGAAAAAGUUUGGCCCAUUUAGGGAAUCUAAAAACACACGAGAGGGCACACUCAGGAGAGAAGCCUCACCUCUGUUCCCAGUGUGGAAAGGGUUUUGUUCAGUUAGUGCACCGAAAAACACACGAGAGGACACACACAUGAGUGUAGCCUCACCUUUGCUCCCAGUGUAGAAAGGGUUUUCUUCAGUUAAGGGGCCUGAAAGAAAAUGAGAGACAGAUGAAGGUAGAAGACGCCAUUGGAGCAGGGCUUCAUUCAUUUCAAAACCAGUGUUUACAUCACCUAGAUAUGAAAAAACAACCAGUUGAAUAAUGGAAUGUAUUUACAAAUUCUUCAACUACAUAUCAUAUUAAGAUUUUGAAAGACGGUACAAUAAUAAAUAUUACAAUUAUUUGGAUGUAUUUAAAAUAGUUGUGAAUGUACUUAGUAGUAGUUUAAAAAAAAGUAACAAACAACUUCACACGUACAGGUCUUAUUUCACUGUUUAAUCACAAUAUACAGCCCAACUCUACAUUGGUGUCCCAUCUGGUGUGGCUUCUUCUACUCAUCUGCUUCUUUCAGAUUUUUGACAAGCUUUCCAUUGUACCUGGUAGAGCAAUUGGUGAGAUGUUUAAUCAGUCCUCUCAUUUAUUUUUUAAACCUUUAUUUAACUAGGCAAGUCAGUUAAAGAACAAAUUCACUGUACCUGAUUUGUACCUUGUCAGUUCGGGGGUUUGAACUUGCAACCUUCCCGGUUACUAGUCCAAUUCUCUAACCACUAGGCUACCCUGCCACCCCACCCUUCUGAUGUAUGGAAUGAUGUAGCUGUGCUGUGAUGAUUUCGAAUCCUUGCUGCACGCAAUCUGUGGCAAGCAUGUAGGAGCAGUAUAGACCUUGUCUGUUCAUUAUAUACAUCUACAUGAUGUAUUGUUACACCAUGUAGGAGCAGUAUAGACCUAGUCUGUUCAUUAUAUACAUCUACAUGAUGUAUUGUUACACCAUGUAGGAGCAGUAUAGACCUAGUCUGUUCAUUAUAUACAUCUACAUGAUGUAUUGUUACACCAUGUAGGAGCAGUAUAGACCUAGUCUGUUCAUUAUAUACAUGAUGUAUUGUUACACCAUGUAGGAGCAGUAUAGACCUAGUCUGUUCAUUAUAUACAUCUACAUGAUGUAUUGUUACACCAUGUAGGAGCAGUAUAGACCUAGUCUGUUCAUUAUAUACAUCUACAUGAUGUAUUGUUACACCAUGUAGGAGCAGUAUAGACCUAGUCUGUUCAUUAUAUACAUCUACAUGAUGUAUUGUUACACCAUGUAGGAGCAGUAUAGACCUAGUCUGUUCAUUAUAUACAUCUACAUGAUGUAUUGUUACACCAUGUAGGAGCAGUAUAGACCUAGUCUGUUCAUUAUAUACAUCUACAUGAUGUAUUGUUACACCAUGUAGGAGCAGUAUAGACCUAGUCUGUUCAUUAUAUACAUCUACAUGAUGUAUUGUUAUACUAUGUAGGAGCAGUAUAGACCUAGUCUGUUCAUUAUAUACAUCUACAUGAUGUAUUGUUACACUAUGUAGGAGCAGUAUAGACCUAGUCUGUUCAUUAUCUACAUGAUGUAUUGUUAUACUAUGUAGGAGCAGUAUAGACCUAGUCUGUUCAUUAUAUACAUCUACAUGAUGUAUUGUUAUACUAUGUAGGAGCAGUAUAGACCUAGUCUGUUCAUUAUAUACAUGAUGUAUUGUUAUACUAUGUAGGAGCAGUAUAGAUCCAGCUGCAUAUUGUGAGAUGAUCUGUUUGAUGAUUGAUAUCCUAAAUGCAGAUGUGUAGUAUAGUAGCCUAUGUUUUAUAAACUUGCUCAUUAAAAAUCUGUUCUGAUCAACA